AUGACAACAAUCACCAAUUACGGCUGGGAUGCUCCCCUUACUACUCGUAUCUUUGAUGAUUUCGUCAAAGAAUGGCCCAGACGAAUUAAUAAUCGUGUGAAUACGUGGGCUCCUGCAAUGGACGUUCACGAAAAUGAUAAAGAAUUCCUUGGAAUUAAAAAGGAAGAAAUACAUGUUGAUAUUCGUGACAACGCACUAGUAAUUUCUGGUGAAACCAAACAAGAGCAGAAGUUUAAAGAAGGAAAUACUCAUGUUCAAGAACGUCGUUAUGGUUCCUUUUCGCGUUCGAUCUCACUUCCACCGAAUGUUAAACACGAUGAUAUUUCAGCCAAGUUUGAAAACGGUCUUCUUGAAUUGACCCUUCCAAAGGCAGCUCCUACUGGCAAGAAAAUCACUAUCGCAUAA